AUGGUACCCAAACCAGGCAAAGCCAGAAAUAUGGAAACUCUUUCAUACACUGCGGAUAUCCUCACCCUAAUUGUAAUUGCAGAGUUCAUAACUGGGAAUUUGGGCAAUGGAUUCAUAGUACUCAUAAACUGCCUCGACUGGGCAAAUAGAAGAAAGCUCUCCUCAAUUGAUCAAAUCCUCACUGUCUUGGCGAUCUCCAGAACUGGUCUUCUCUGGGAGAUAUCAGUAAAUUAGUUUAGAUCUCUACAUUAUUCAGGCUUAUUUAUUCCUGGAACAGAAGUAAGAUUUGUUAAUUUUGCUUGGAUAGUUACCAGUCACAUUAGCCACUGGCUUGUUAUGAUCCUCAGCAUCUUUUAUAUGCUCAAAAUAGCCAGUUUUUCCAGCCCAGUUUUUCCCCACCUGAAGUGGAGAGUUAAAAAAGAAGUGAUUCUGGUGAUAAUGCUAGGUACCUUAGUCUUCUUGUUUUUAAGUCUGAUACAAAUAAACAUAUAUUUUAAUGACUGGUUGCAUCGGUAUGAAAGAAACACUUGGAGUUCCAGAAUAUUUUCUAGUCUGACAUUAUUCACUAUGACUAUGUUCACCUUCAUCCCAUUUACUGAGGCCCUGAUUUCUUUUCCGCUAUUAAUCUUCUCUCUGUGGAAACAUCUAGAAUACACAGCUUGUUUCAAAGGACCCAGAGAUCCCUGCACCAAUGCCCACAUAAAUGCCUUGAAAACUAUGGUCUCGUUCCUCCUACUCUAUGCUAGUUUCUUUCUGUCCUUUCUCAUGUCAUGGAUUAAUGAGAUGCUGCAGAACAAACUUGUCUGCAGGCUCUUCCAGCUUAUUGGAAUUGCCUAUCCAUCAAGCCUCUCAUUUCCCCCAAUUCUGGGAAACUCUUAA